CGCGUUUUGCAGCUCCCGGCGGCUCUGUGCGCAUUCUUGUCCCGGGUGCUGCUGCUCGUGGCUGUCACUUGCCAUCGCGCGAGUGUCAUCUGCCGUUGCCAUGGCCUGGGUUCCACCGUCAUCCAUGGCGUCGCUCUCCGAUCUCUCCUCGUCUCUUCUCUCUCGCCAAGCCCUCGAUGCGCUGGGUGCGGCGGAGGCGGCGGUGUCGCAGCUGGAGGCGAGCAUAGCGCCCAUCGUCGACCACUGCUCGUCGCGCAGCCUCGCGGCGGACCUCGCGCCCAUGGACCGCGCCAAGGCGCACCUCGUGACGGCGCACGCGGCGGCGUCGCUGUUCUGCCUGGUGCUGCGGUCGUACGGGCUGACGCCCAGCGAGCAUGGCGUCGCCAAGGACAUGGCGCGCAUCGACUCCUACGUCCACAAGGUGCGCCGAGCCGACUCCGCCACGGACGGCAGCGCCACCGACGGCGCGCUGGGCGGGCCGGCGGCGUCGCUGGACGUGGCGGCGGCGACCCGGUUCAUCGUGCACGCGGUCCCGGACUUGACGCCCGAGCAACGGCGGCUGGUGCGCGAAGCAGGGAAGAAACGACGACCGCGCGGAGGGGAUGGUCGGCGGGAAGGGGAGGGAGAAGGGAGGGGGGAGGGCGGUGUGGGUGAGGGCGAGGCGGAGAGGGCGGGGAAGAAGGUGAAGAGCGUGCGAGAGGCAGCGCAGGAAUUCCUCGCGAUGACGGCUGCUGACGUGGCGGAGGCGAAGGAGGAGGGCGCGGAGAGGCAAGUCAAGGACGAGGAGGAGAUUUAGCGCGCUGCAAUGACGGGGGGAGAGCGGGGGGCAGGGGUUUGGGCUUAGGGUAGGGGGCGGGGUUUAUGGGAUUGGGGCUGUGGGCGAAAUUUGUUUAGAUAGCGAGUAGAGACAAGGGCAGGGCGAGAAGGGGCGUGAUGGGUGUGCAGUGGGGCAGCAGAGAGCACAGAGCCCGGAAUGUUCAAGACCCUGAGAGGCUUCGCUGCAGGUGCGGUGGGUGGAAUGGGUGGCACCAUGGCAUGGGCAAUGUCCACUUAGCUCGUUCGUACAGCAGGCAAUGAAUGCUCAAAACUGGCGUCGUGUGGGGCAGCUGCUUGGAGCUGCUUGGAGCUGCUCAAUCCAGUCACAGGACGCAUGUGCGUGCAGCAAUUCUGUGAUUCGUGCACUCCAACGCCCUUGCUCGGGUUGGGUUGGGUGUCGAGUGACCCGCUGGGGUUACCCUUGAGAAGAUCCUCGGGGAAGGGCCACAGGUGCAGAGCCUGAGGGGCUAUGGGCGCACUGAUCCGCUAUUAACAAGCCCUUUUAACUCAGUGGUUAGUGGCUGAGUUCUGUCAUUGGGUUGGGUGCUUCACGAAUGCCCAAGUGUCUCUCUGUUAGGUUACUCUAUGUAAGAGAACUUGUUCGUAAAAUAUGCUGAUUGGAAGUCACAGCCGAAGCUUGGAG